GCAGACGGAUGAGGACACGUGUCUCGUCCCUGCCUCCUUCCCCGGGCUCCACGGUACCGCAUUGGCAUCAGAAGAGGCACCUAAACUCCUGGGGAAAGCUGCUUGCCACGCUAUACUCCCCCCCAAAAGAAGGAACACGGUGCAAAGAGCCCGCAGGAACCUGUGGCAUACUUUUUUUUCUCUUCUUUCUUUUUUUUUUUGGUCGUGCGUAAAGCGUUUGCGCACAGCGCCUUGGAGACUGGGAAGGUGCGCUGACAUUCGUCAAGCGGCAGAGCGCAGCGCCAGGAUGCAGAAACGGAGCAACGAAGUCUGAAGGUGACAUGAACCUGAGGAUAUCCAAGAGCAUCAGCCGCACACUUAACAAGAAGUGGAGAUAGCAACUGAAAACCGUCGUGUCUUGAAGCCAAAAUUGCGCUUUUCCUUGUGGCUUUAUCUCAUGCUGAGAAUAAGGAGCUGCAGAACACAGUAGCCUACAAUUUUUUCUUUACCAACCUGGAAAAGAGAAACACACUUCUAACUAAUCAGUGGACGGUUUAGCUCUGACAAAGGAGGAAAAAUGGCGACAUUAAUCAGAGGUAAAAUAUCCAAUAAACUGUCCAACGCAGCCACGGCCGUGUCCAACAAAUCCACAGCAAAGGUGAGCGGGAUGUUCGCAAGAAUGGGCUUCCAGGCCGCUACGGACGAGGAAGGUCUUGGCUUUGCUGCCUGCGACGACCUGGAUUAUGAUCACCGCCAAGGUAUGCAGAUGGACAUUCUGUCCUCGGACGAGACCGGAGGGGAAGGUGGCGGAGACGGCGGCGGGCAGGAGGGGGACAGCCACUACCAGAGAGACGGCACCGGUCCACCGCACUCUGCCUCCAAGGACGGGGGCUCGACGAAUGAGUUAUCCGAAGUCAAACCAAAAAUCACCGCCUGGGAAGCAGGCUGGAACGUCACGAACGCAAUCCAGGGGAUGUUUGUUCUGGGCUUGCCCUACGCCAUCCUGCAUGGAGGAUACCUCGGACUUUUUCUCAUUAUUUUCGCCGCCGUGGUGUGCUGCUACACGGGGAAAAUCCUCAUCGCCUGCCUAUACGAGGAGGACGAAGACGGGCAGCUGGUCCGUGUGAGGGACUCCUAUGUUGACAUUGCCAACGCCUGCUGUGCGCCCAGGUUCCCAACGCUGGGCGGUCACGUCGUGAAUGUAGCUCAAAUCAUAGAGCUGGUUAUGACUUGCAUCCUGUACGUAGUGGUCAGCGGGAAUCUCAUGUACAACAGCUUCCCCAACAUGCCCAUCUCCCAGAAAUCGUGGGCCAUCAUCGCCACCGCCGCUCUGCUUCCCUGCGCAUUCCUCAAGAAUCUGAAAGCCGUCUCCAAGUUCAGUUUGCUGUGCACAAUGGCUCACUUCGUCAUCAAUGUCCUGGUGAUAGCCUACUGCCUAUCCAGGGCGAGGGACUGGGCCUGGGACAAGGUCAAGUUUUACAUCGAUGUCAAGAAAUUCCCCAUCUCCAUUGGGAUUAUCGUGUUCAGCUACACCUCGCAGAUCUUCCUGCCGUCCCUGGAGGGGAACAUGCAGAAACCAAGCGAGUUCCACUGCAUGAUGAAAUGGACUCACAUCGCUGCCUGCAUCCUCAAGGGCCUGUUCGCCCUGGUGGCUUACCUGACCUGGGCCGACGAAACCAAGGAGGUGAUUACAGACAACCUUCCGCCGACUAUCCGAGCAGUGGUCAACAUCUUUCUGGUGGCCAAAGCUUUGCUGUCUUACCCGCUGCCGUUUUUCGCCGCCGUGGAGGUGUUGGAGAAAAGCUUCUUCCAGGAAGGAAGCCGCGCCUUCUUUCCGGACUGCUACGGAGGCGAUGGACGCCUAAAGUCCUGGGGACUGACCCUCCGAUGUAUACUUGUGGUGUUCACCUUGCUCAUGGCGAUCUAUGUGCCGCACUUCGCCCUGCUCAUGGGCCUCACCGGCAGCCUGACAGGCGCCGGGCUCUGCUUUUUGCUCCCAAGCAUCUUCCACCUCAAGCUCUUAUGGAGAAAGCUUCAAUGGCACCAGGUGUUCUUUGACGUCUCCAUCUUUGUAAUAGGAGGUAUAUGCAGUAUAUCCGGUUUCAUCCACUCCAUGGAGGGGCUCAUAGAGGCUUACAAAUAUAACAUAGAAGACUAGAGGCGAGCGAUCAUUGGAAGCACAGAUGCAUCUCAGUAAAUUUGAAUAUCAUCACAAAGUAAAUGCAUUUUACUAACUCAGUUAACGCGAUAAAAUAUAUGUUACAUGGAGUGCGAUAUCUACUUAAAGCCUUUAUUUAAGUCAUUUUGAUGAUUUACCUACAGCUAAUAAAAAUCCAAAUUCUGUAUUUUUUUGAGAAAUUAUAUAUUACAGAAGGCCAUAAAAAGGUUUUAAAUAUAGAAACUAAUGUUAUACCAUACAAUGCCCUACAAAGCCAUUAAGAGGAAUGCAGACUGAGAGCUGUUAGUCAGACAUAAGUCAGUGACACCUUCAAGAAUUGGCAAGAACAGGAGCUUGUUAGAAGGAAUAUUCAAGGGUUUCUGUUUAAAACCAUUUACAUAGACAUUUGAAUAGAGGGAAAAAUUAUUAAGAAGAAAGGAAUUAAUGUUUCCUGAACAUUUUUGACUCUCAUUUACUGGACAAUUCAGAUAUGUAGUAGUAGUAUAGACUUUGUCAAAUUUUAGCUUAGGCAAAUAACUGGAUUUAUGACCCAAAGUUAUCUUUGCAGAAAACAAAAGCUUACAUCAGAAAUAAGUCUAACUCCAUUACUGACUUUUAAAAGAUUUAAAUCUAAAUUGCUUGAAGCCUAGUGCUAAGUUUCCACCUCCAGAGGUCUUUAUCAGAGGGGCCAAAUCAUCAGCUAGUGUUGGUCCAUUGUGUUUUAUCUAGUCCAAAGUCAAACCAGACAUCUACCAAGAAAGUUUGGAGUAUUUCAUGCAUUUCUCCUCUAACAACCCUCCGAUGCUGAUGCAGCUUCCUUCGCCACACUGCUCUGGACACAACCCAUAAAGUACACAUCCCAACUUUAACGACCAUGGCAUCUCUGUACUUGGUUGCUCAGCAAACUCUCCUGACCUGAGCCCAUUUGGGAAUACCUCUAUAUUAAGAUUUUUUUUUUUCUUUUGAACUGGUCCUAUGUAUUUUUUUUUCUCAAAAACUAAAAUGGGAUUUUUAUUACCUGUAAGCUUUAAUCAUCAAAAUCAGCACAAUAAAUCGCUGGAAAUAGCUAUAUCACACUGCAUGUAAUGAAUGUACACGUUUCACCUUGAAACUGAUUUGGUAAAAUAAAUGAGCUUUUCGAUUAUAUUUUACUCCAUGAAGACGCGCCUGUAAGCGUGAACUACAAAUACCCAUUUAGUGAGAAAACAU